AUGGUCCAGGACAAGCACGGCGGAGGAGAAGAGGAGGAGGAGAAGAAGCAAGAGACAGAGGUAGAUAAAAAGGCGCACGUUGUCCAGGCGAAGCUGCCAUAUGAUUCUGGCCCCAAGGUGGUGUUUUCUGCUCAUCGCUCACAGCCGCUUGUGUCUGCUGCUGCUACCGCCUCUAUCUGCUGCCGAGUCUCUUGCUCCCUUGCUUUGCUUUGGAUCUUUUUCAAAAUGGUUCUUCUCCCGUUACUUGCGGCGUGCUCACUAUACGUCGGCUCCGCCGUCUCUGUCCCCGUAGCGGACGUGUACGAUACUUUGGAAGCUCCUGUGGUCACUGUCAAGAACGGCACAUACUCUGGUAUUUACAGUGAUGAGUAUGACCAGGAUUUUUUUCUUGGCAUGCCCUAUGCCCAGCAAGCUGUACGCUUUGCUGUUCCCGAGUCCCUAAACACAACAUGGGAUGACACCAGAGAAGCUACUGCCUACCCGCCCCAUUGUAUUGGCUACGGCAGCGAUGAUAUUGGCUAUGCCCUAUCUGAAGACUGCCUGUAUCUGAAUGUAGUGAGGCCUGCCGGUCUGAACAACACUUCGGAUCUGCCAGUGGCCGUAUGGAUCCAUGGCGGAGGUCUCUACAUGGGCGGCUCUGCUGACAGGAGAUACAACCUGAGCUUCAUUGUGGAAAACUCGGUGAACCAAGGGACUCCCAUUGUUGCAGUGAGCUUGAACUACAGGCUGGCUGCUUUCGGCUUCCUGAGCGGAAAGGAGGCUCUCGAUGCUGGCGUCACCAACAUUGGAUUCCGUGAUCAGCGGCUCGCUCUCCACUGGGUCAAUGAGAACAUUGCGGCUUUUGGCGGUUCUCCUGACAAGGUCACCAUCUUUGGCGAGAGUUCUGGAGCCGAGUCAGUCAGUGCACAAGUUCUGGCUUACAACGGUCGCGAUGAUGGUUUGUUCCGUGGAGCCAUUGGUGAGUCUGGCUUUGGAGGUAUCCUCACACGAUACAGUGGCGGUCUGAACCGUACCGAUGCACAGCAGGAGACCUUUGACAACCUCGUCAAAAACACGUCGUGCGCCUCGACCGUAGGAACCCCCGAGGCAAUCACUUGUCUCCGGGCUGCUCCCUUUGACGAGAUCAACACGGCCCUGAAUGUCACUGGAGUCGGCCCUUGGCCUCCGGCGCUGGACUAUGACUUCAUUGCGGAUUUCCCAACGAACCAGCUGGAAAGCGGCAACUUUGUACAGGUCCCCAUCCUCAUCGGUGCCAACACUGACGAGGGCUCUGCCUUUGGAGCUGGCCGCGGUCCCACUGGACCCGUGAACACGGACUCUGACUUUGCCUAUGCCGUCAACAACAUGCUGACUCCAGACGUGGUCAACACCACUGGCAAGUCUGCUGAAGAGAUUGUGCAUGAGAUUUCGCUCCUGUACCCCAACAUUCAGAGCAUUGGCAUCCCGUCCCUUGAGUCGUGGCCCGAGGUCAUCACCAAUGCAACCGAGGGCGUCGAGUCUAUUGGUGUACAGUCUCGCCGCAUCAACGCUCUAGCCGGCGACACCUCAUUCCACUACGCACGCAGACGUGCUAAUAUUGCUUGGAGCGACGCGGGAAUCAAGUCGUACUCUUACCGCUUCGACGUGACCGUGAAUGGCAUCUCAGAGAGCAUUUCAGCGACGCACUUUCAAGAGGUCGCCUUUGUCUUUUACAACCUCAACGGCGACGGCUACGCCACCAACCCCUUUGGCAACACGACGCAGGCCUACAAGGACCUGGCGCUCACCAUGUCGUCGGCGUGGGUCAACUUCUUUGUUGACCUGGACCCCAACGGCGCCGCCGUGAGCCCCGCGUGGCCCGCUUACAACACCAGCGCCGGCGGAGGUGUCGGCCAGAACAUUGUCUGGAGCGUCCGCGGCGAUGGCAGCUACAUUGAGUGGGAUGACUACCGUGCCGAGGGCAUGAAGUAUCUUGCCGACAAUGCGUUGGAGCUGUUUGGAAAUUAA